AUGUCUCUUCCCUGGAAACGCCUCAUCCGCUUCGAGGCCGUUGAUGGCCGUAUCCUGCGUGGAGAGCCUUUGUUGCCCGAAAAUGAAGAGAUCGACCUUGGAUUCGUCACCGAGGCAGAUCAGCUGAAAGCUAAGGUGCUUGUCGGAGAUGAUAUUUACGAUACCACAGGCAGGACCAAAUUGACAGCGGAGAUGGUAUUGGUCAAGAAGAUCCUGUCGCCGUUGGCCCAGAGCGAUGUGCCUAUAUUGCGUUGCGUUGGUCUGAACUAUGCCAAACACAUCAAAGAGUCAGGACGCAAGCCUCCCCCGUUCCCCUUCAUAUUCUUCAAGCCCGCCACCACUAUCCAUGAUCAUGGUGAAGCUGUGAUCAUCCCUCAAAUUGCGCAAAAUGACCAGGCUGACUACGAAGGAGAAUUGUGCAUUGUGAUUGGAAAAGACGCCAAGAACGUCCCAGUGGUGGAAGCCCUCAACUAUGUCGCCGCUUAUACUGCUGGAAACGACGUUUCCUCCAGGAAGCUUCAAAGAGACCCUGCCUAUGCUGGUGUCGUUCCGCAGUGGGGCUUCUCCAAAGGCUUUGACACUUUUGCCCCCCCUCGGACCAGUACCAUUAUUGAUGGCGAGGUGCGUCAAGAAGAGGGCGUCUCCGAUCUUCUAUUUGACUGUAAGUAUUUGAUAUCGUACUUGUCACAGGGUACUACGCUUCAGAAGGGCAGCGUCAUAAUGACUGGAACCCCCGGUGGAGUCGGCGCGGGCUUAAACCCUCCCAAGUACUUGAUCCCUGGAACACAGAUGGAUGUGUUCGUUUCACAGAUUGGCACCUUACGGAAUAACGUUGUAUUUGCUUGA